GAGGGCGCUUAAUUGGAAGCCUUGAAAUAACAGCAGCGCCCCGGAGAAUUCAAUCCCAGCCUGGCCAGGCGCGAGCGGAUUAAACCCGGGCAGGCUGAGAAUAAGGGAAACAACGUCGAUCCUCGCUCGCUCGGAUACCUUGAAGGCGAUCGGUGGGAGGAAGGGGGGAAAGAAACAGCCGAAGAAGGGAGGGAGAUUCUCCGAGAGGUUGGAAGGGCGAAGAGGAAACCCAGAGGGCUGGAUCGUGAAAUCUUUUGCAGGACUGGUGUGCAAGAGAAAAGGGGACGGAGCCAGCCACUGGCAGAUGCGCUCGCCUUAGAGACACCCCGCCUUGGGUCAACCAUGGAAGCUCCAAAUGGAGACGGCUGUCAGGCGAAUCAGCUGGCCAACGCCGCUGCCCGCGGAGACCUGGAGACCGCGGCGAGGCUGCUGGAGAGCGGGGCGGACCCUAACGCCCUCAACGUCUUCGGCCGGAGCCCGAUUCAGGUUAUGAUGCUGGGAAGCUCCCAAAUGGCAGAGCUGCUGCUGCGGAGAGGAGCUGAUCCUAACCGGCCGGAUCCCUCCACAGGUGCGACGCCAGCCCAUGACGUGGCCCAGGAGGGAUUCCUGGACACUUUGAAGCUCCUACACCACUGGGGGGCUCACUUUGAUCACCUGGACAGAUGGGGCCGCAGCCCGCUAGACCUGGCAAGACAGAAUGGGCAAAAUCACGUGGUUGAUUACUUACAAGAAUUACCUGGUUGAAAAUGUUUCAGUAUGAUACCCAAGGAAGCCGUAGAAAGACAAUUGCAGGGGAAUUGCUCAUGAAAAGUAAUGAAAAUAACAGCAAUAAAGACCAUGGUGGCUUGGACAGGCCUGGCUGGGAUGUUCAUACUGGGUGCCUCUUUUUUUUUUCUUCUUUCUCAAGACUCGUGGAAAGACUAGAAGUUCCGACUGAAACUGGGGUCUUCCUUUUCUUUUUUUUUUUUCUUUUCCAGGCUUUUUAUUUAAUAUUUUUAAACCCCCCACAAGCAUUUAAAAAAUAUUAACUGCAUAUAUAAGAAAUUUAUCAACUGGGGUAAUUAUGAGUUCUCUUUUCUGGAUUGGGAAUUUGAUACAUGCUCAGAUUUUCUUCCAGCUUCCUCCCAAACGGAACUGUGACUCAGCACAGAAUUCUCUGCCAACCCCUGCAAUGUACGGCCUGGUU